AUUCAGCCCACAGGAAAGUGACAGUCCUCUCCUAACGGGCCGCGGGCAGCACACAACCUGCCUCAGACUCUCACUGUUGAUCAGGAAACUACCUCUGCCACCUGGCUGACGUUGCCAGCUGUCGCUUUUUUCUCUUCACAACUUUUUUUUUUUUUUUUUUUUGUUAAAGUGGAUCUGGGAGCAAUCUCCUUAAUGUUUGAAGAUUAGUUUCAACUUGACGUUCUGUUUGGCUACUGACAGUUUCUUUUUUCUUUUUUUAACAAUUACAACAAUAGGCUUUGAAACGCCACCUUUUCACCGGUGGAGUGGACUAAGGUGAGAAAAGGCUGAGUAACUAUAGACAGCCAGAGCGCAGAGAGGACUACGCGGGGGUGCAGGUUUCACCCUUGGGAUGACGUUCAACCAUAAGAAACUUCAGACAAGUCUGGCAGGAGGGCAAAGGAACUGAAGGAGCCUCACCAGUAUUGUGCAAUUAUCUCAGUUGGACACUAACUCAUGGAGCCCCCUUCAGUGGUCCUGCUAGGGCUCCUUCUAGUUUAUGGACUAGCCUGUGGAGUCCAGCAGACGUUGGGGAGUCGCUCAGACGGCAGCCGUGGCAGGGGCAGUACCCAAGAAUUUGAGAGCAGCGAGGAGGGUCUGGAAAGAGAUUUUAUCUACGCAGGAAGGAGCAAACGUGCUCCAGCUGACCAGCAGCAGGACAAAUGUUCCUACACUUUCAUUGUACCUCAACAAAAAGUGACUGGAGCCAUCUGUGUCAACUCCAAGGAGCCAGAGGCCAUGCUGGAGAACCGGGUCAACAAACAAGAGUUAGAGCUGCUUAAUGUGGAAUUACAGAAGCAGAAGAGGCAGAUCGAGACCCUGCAGCAGUUGGUCGAGGUGGAUGGGGGCAUCGUCAACGAGGUCAAGCUUCUGAGGAAAGAGAGUCGAAACAUGAACUCCAGGGUCACUCAGCUGUACAUGCAGCUGCUCCAUGAGAUCAUCAGGAAGAGAGACAAUGCGCUAGAACUGGCACAGAUGGAGAACAAGAUCCUCAACCAAACCUCUGAGAUGCAACAGCUCACCAGUCGGUACAAAGAUCUCGAGCACAAAUACCAGCACUUGGCUUCUUUAGCCACCAACCAGUCGGCUCUCAUUGCCGUGUUGGAGGAGCAGUGCCGGAGUCGACCUCCUCCUCGCCAUGUUCCUGUGCCCCAGCCCCAGCCGCGGCCUCAGCCUCCACCACAACCCUCACCCCCUAUUAACAAGCCCUACCAGCCGCCUGUAAUCCCACGCAUCAACAACCCAAUCAGCAACGAAAUCCAGAGUGACCAAAAGUCUCUUCCACCAGUUCUUCCAACAAUGCCCACUGGUACACACAGUCCAUCUACCACUGACAAGCCCUCUGGCCCGUUUAGAGACUGUCUGCAGGCUCUAGAAGACGGACACGCAACCAGCGGCAUGUACCUGGUGAAGCCAGAGAAUGCCAACCGACUUAUGCAAGUGUGGUGUGACCAGAGGCACGACCCAGGCGGCUGGACUGUGAUUCAGAGGAGGGUGGACGGCUCUGUCAACUUUUUCAGGAACUGGGAGACAUACAAGCAAGGUUUUGGCAAUAUUGACGGCGAGUACUGGCUGGGUCUAGAAAACAUCUACUGGCUGACUAACCAGGGAAACUACAAACUGCUGGUCACGCUGGAGGACUGGUCUGGCAGAAAGGUGUUUGCGGAGUAUGCCAGCUUCAGGGUGGAGUCUGAAGCUGAUUUCUACAAGCUGAGGGUGGGCCGCUACCAUGGAAAUGCUGGAGACUCGCUGACCUGGCACAACGGCAAACAGUUCACAACACUGGACAGAGACCACGAUGUGUAUACAGGAAAUUGUGCCCAUUACCAGAAGGGAGGCUGGUGGUACAACUCUUGUGCCCAUUCUAAUCUGAAUGGAGUUUGGUACAGAGGAGGACACUACCGCAGCCGCUACCAAGAUGGAGUCUACUGGGCAGAGUUCAGGGGAGGAGCUUACUCAUUAAAGAAAGUAGUCAUGAUGAUCCGUCCAAACCCCAACACCUUCCACUGAGCAUCCAAGGAACAUAUACUAUACUG